CGAAUGCAUCACCAGACCAAAGCAGUCGAUCGUCGAUGUUUGUUGUCAUUGACAGCUGCGUGUCUGCUAGCCAAAGUCAUGGCGCUGCUCAAACAAAGUUGCUGCGUUGCUGGCCGUUUCUCCACAAACCAUCUAUGGCUGAUUCCCAGGAGCAUCCCACAUCAGGUUUACAGCAGCAGUCUGAUCACUGCGGCCAAGUCCUCCCCGGACCGGGCUGACAGAAAGAAAGAGCUACUGAGUGAUGACGGACCUGAUCUUCAAGACUUUAUUUCAGGGGAACUGUCAGAGAAAAGCAAGUGGACGGAGUACAGAGGCAACCUUAAGAGAGGGAAGGGAGAGAGACUGCGUCUUCCUCCAUGGCUGAAAACAGAAAUCCCCAUUGGGAAAAACUACAACAAGCUGAAGAACACACUCAGAGACCUCAACCUGCACACAGUGUGUGAAGAGGCCAGGUGUCCUAACAUUGGAGAAUGCUGGGGGGGUGGAGAGUACUCUACAGCCACAGCCACCAUCAUGUUAAUGGGGGACACAUGUACCCGUGGGUGCAGGUUCUGUUCGAUAAAAACUGCCCGUCAACCCCCACCUCUGGACCCUGACGAGCCAUAUAAUACAGCCAAAGCUAUUGCUGCCUGGGGACUGGACUACGUGGUUCUUACUUCAGUGGACAGGGAUGAUAUUUCUGACGGAGGAGCAUCGCACUUUGCAAAGACUGUCUCCAACCUGAAGGGAAGGAACUCUCUGAUCCUGGUUGAAUGUCUGACCCCUGAUUUUCGAGGCGAUCUGGCUGCAGUGGAGACGAUUGCCCUGUCAGGGUUAGACGUGUACGCCCAUAAUGUGGAGACGGUGCGAGAGCUACAGAGGCAUGCACGUGACCCCAGAGCAAACUUUGACCAGUCUCUGAGCGUCCUGAAGCACGCCAAAAAAGUAAAACCCAGUGUGCUCACCAAGACGUCCAUCAUGCUGGGACUGGGGGAGACCGACCAGCAAGUUCUUGACACGUUAACUGAGCUGCGAGAAGCAGGAGUGGACUGUCUCACACUGGGCCAGUACAUGCAACCCACUAAACGCCAUCUUAAGGUGGAGGAAUACGUAACUCCAGAGAAGUUUUCUCACUGGGAGAAAGUAGGAAAUGAAAUGGGAUUCAUUUAUACAGCCAGCGGGCCUCUGGUGAGAUCCUCCUACAAAGCAGGCGAGUUCUUCCUGAAGAAUCUACUGAACAAGAGAAAAGCAGAAGCAGCAACAGCAGAAUAAAGAGCAACUAAACAGCAGCUUAUAGAGACCUUCUUUAAAACUAACAGCUUACUUAUAACAGAACAUACGUGUGCAACACUUGCAAUACCAUAAAGCAUCAUAUUCUGGACACGCAUUUUAAAGAUAUAACAGAUAAAACUCAUGUGUAGUUCAGGGACCAUGUGUUUGCACUUGUCCUCAUAGCUGACCAUUCCAGCUGUGAUGGCUCAGCUCUGUGUUUUAGAGGAAAGAGAUCAAAGUGAACCAGCGAUCUUUGAGGCCUGCAGAUAUGAAGAUAUGGGUGCCGCCUCAAUCUGCGACGCCCUGCCAGAAGAAAUACAACUUGUUGUUAGCCGUCGCUGUAAUUUGCUAUCUCUGCACCUCAAGGGGGGCCCUAAAUCUCCUCCAGCAUGAACUCCUCCCCUCAGGGCCUCAGACUUCAGGUGAAGAGCUGCUGACCUGUGAUCUGUGGCUCUGCAGGAGCUCUUUGAUGUUUGCUUCUUCUGGACUGAUGAUUUAAUCCUACAGGAGAGGUGUUUUUUUUCGGGCCAAGUUUUCUUACAGCAGCACAAAGGGGAAACUAUGAAUUAUACAAGAUUAUAUUUAUAGUUCUUGAACAUUUUAAACAGGAAACUUGUUUUAAUUUCAUCAGAAAAGUAGAAUUUUAACCUUGAUUGGCCAUUCAGACAUUUCUCAAGAAGUACCUCUUCAUAAAAAGGGGGUCAUUAAAUUUAAGUUUAACACAAAUGUCUUAUUGCGCAAAUGGGUUAAGAACAUACAUCUUAAUCAUGUAAGUUAAUGUGUGAAUAAUUAAAACUCACAAGUUGAUCUGUGUGCAACUUUUGUUUUAUGUUAUUAAACAGAUACAAAUGAAAA